CGAAACGUGGCAUUCUGCAUUCCAUUGCGCGAAGUUCCAAAGGAUGAGGAUUGCUGAACGGAAUGAAGCUGUUACGAGAGCGAAGCUUUGUCGGAACUGUUUCAACCCUGGCCAUUAUGCUAGAACCUGCGAGCGAGGAGAGUGUCAUCACUGCCAUCAAAAGCACCACUCCAUGUUGCAUACUGGAGAAACGCGAUCCUCCGUUCCAAACUCGCAGUCAAGACCGCCGACACAACCCCAACGACAGCAACAGCCACAAUCCAGUUCAGCACGAUCAAACCAACAGACACAGAACACUAACACAGCUACCUCUGUCAACUCGCAAAACACGCACACACGCCCAACCACAGAACAACCCACCACAAGCCAAAAUCUAGUUUCAUUGCCCGUUACUCCCACUCAAAACAUACUCCUGUCAACGGCACUCGUCAAGAUCCAUGAUCGGUUUGGCAAGACGAUGCUAGCCCGAGCUUUGUUGGACUCUUGCUCGCAACAUUGUUUGAUGUCCAAAAACUUUUCGAGCAAACUGAGUUUUCGAGAAAUUCCGUCGCAUUUGUCGGUCCAAGGAAUCGGACCAUCACAGUCGGUCUCUACGAAAGCAGUUACAGCGUUGGUGGAACCAAGAAUCGCUACUGUGUCAGAGUUUUCCGAAGAGAUGCAGUUCCACGUCCUGCCGAAGCUGACAAUAUCGCUGCCAACUGCAGCCGUCGAUUCAUCCAAGUGGAAUCUACCUCCGUCGAUGACUCUUGCUGAUCCGUGUUUCCAUGAACCUGGCCCGAUUGAUUUGAUCAUCGGGGCUGAGUAUUAUAUGGACUUGCUCUGCGACGAACGACAGAAGGUGACGAGUGAAGGCCCAACUCUACAGAAUACGGUGUUUGGAUGGAUAGUCUCUGGUCGAAUUCCGGACAACUGGGCAAGCAGCGUAGUCUCUGUGACCCACGUCUGUUCUACAGCAGAAAUCCAGGAUCAGCUUACCAAAUUCUGGGAACUGGAGACAUGCAGAACUGCCAGCACUCACUCAACAGAAGAAUCAGCUUGUGAGGAGAUCUUCGACAAGACUACAACUCGAGACAGCGAAGGACGUUUUGUUGUGGCGCUCCCGAAGAAGGAACACCUCAUCAGCCAGUUGGGAGAAUCAAGAGCAGUGGCAAUCCGCCGCUUCAUGGGGAUCGAACGACGUUUCGCUACGAAUCCAGCGCUGAAGGAGGAGUAUACGAAGUUCAUCCGUGAAUAUGAAGACCUGGGACAUAUGGAGCAGAUUUCCGGUUACUCGAUAGGAGAAAAGGAGUACUAUCUGCCACACCAUGCGGUGCUGAAACCCGAAAGUACCACUACUAAAUUGCGAGUAGUUUUUGAUGCAUCCUGCCGUACGUCAAGUGGAGUUUCGCUCAACGAAGCCUUGAUGGUAGGACCUGUUGUGCAGGACGACAUCCAGGAUAUCUCGUUACGUUUCCGUUUGCAUCGUUACGCACUGGUUGGUGAUGUUGCGAAAAUGUACCGGAUGGUUCUGCAUACUGAGGAUGAUCGCCGUUUUCUGAAGAUCGUAUGGAGAGAUGAAUCUACUGAACCGAUUCGUACCUAUCAGCUCAAGACGGUCACGUACGGUACAGCAUCGGCACCAUAUCUCGCCACAAAAUGCUUGCAGCGUUUAUCAGAAGAAGGAGAAUCAGCCUACCCUGUUGCUGCCAAAGUGGUUGGCAAGGAUUUUUACGUUGAUGACAUGCUGUCCGGCGUAGACAGCAUCGACGAAGGAAGGCUGUUGAUCCAACAAAUGAUAGCGCUACUUCAUUCUGCUGGAUUUACGCUUCGGAAGUGGAACUCCAACUCUGGUGAACUUUUGAAGGCCGUACCAGAAGAUUUGAGAGACGGCAGAUCCAUUUUGGAAUUAGAAUCUGCAACCGCUACCGUAAAAACUCUCGGUCUCCUGUGGGAGCCCGGCUCCGAUCAAUUCAAGUUUAGUACUCCGUUGUGGAAUUCGUCAUCAAUCAUCACCAAGCGAUCCGUACUUUCCGACGUUUCCCGUCUAUUCGAUCCACUCGGCCUGGUAGGCCCGGUGGUAGUACAAGCAAAGAUCUUCAUCCAAGAUUUGUGGCGGAAUCAAUGUGGAUGGGACGAGGCACUCGACGAGAAUCUGCAAGACCAGUGGCGAGAAUACAAGCGAAAUCUGGCUGGCCUUGAUACCUUGAUGAUACCUCGAUGGGUCGGCUUCAGCAAAGGUGUUGACGUCGAAUUUCACGGAUUCUGCGAUGCUUCCAAUAAGGCAUAUGGUGCUUGUAUAUAUCUGCGAUCUGUUUCAGCGUCUGGUGAAGUCUCGGUCCAUCUACUGACAGCCAAAUCACGAGUAGCUCCUCUGAACAAUCCGAAGAAGGCUGAGAAACACGAAACUACCCCUCGAUUGGAACUGUCAUCUGCCCUUUUGCUCGCGCAUUUGUACGAAAAGGUCAAAAAUGCCUUGCAUUUGGAUGCACCUUCGUUUUUCUGGACGGAUUCCAUGAUUGUGAAGUGCUGGCUGUCGUCGUCACCAUCCAGAUGGAAGCAGUUUGUAGCCAAUAGAGUCUCCGAAAUCCAGCACAUCACGAGGGGAGGAGUGUGGAGCCACGUUGCCGGACUAGACAACCCAGCUGACAUUAUCUCUCGCGGGAUGACUCCUGCACAACUGCAGUAUGAGAAGGUAUGGUUUCACGGCCCCCACUGGCUGAAGCUGGAAAACGAGCACUGGCCGAAUGAUCAACGAGUGCAGGAGAACGAAAUUCAAGCGGAGAUUUUGGAGGAGAAGUCUGUAACGGCAGCGCUAUCCGCAGUUGCCCCUAGCGAACUGUUUGCCUGGAAAUCUUCUUUGAUGGAGCUAGCCAGGACAAUCGUCUACGUAAAUCGCUUCCGCUCGAAUGCACGACCGGAGAACCGAAACAAGCGAAGGGUUGGUCCAGUAACUUCGGCAGAAAUAGACGAUGCUAUGAAAAAUCUAGUUCGGAUUUCGCAGAAGGAGAGCUUUCCUCAGGAAAUAGCCGAUUUGACCAGAAAACGAGAAGUGCGGGAAUCAUCGAAAAUCACUAGGCUGUACCCUGAGUUACUCGAUGGCAUAAUGUGCGUUGGCGGCCGGCUUAGACACGCUGAAAUUUCCCCUAGUCGCAAACACCCGUAUAUCAUCGACCACCGCCAUCCGCUAGCCAAGCUCAUCGUGGUGUACUACCAUCAGAAGCACCUUCAUGCCGGACAGCAGUUGGUCAUUUCAGCUAUGAGAGAGCGGUUUUGGAUCACCAGUGUCCGGAAUUUAGUCCGUUCGGUGUUACAUGAAUGUGUCCCGUGCUUCCGAGUGCGUCCUCAGGUCCAACAGCAACUAAUGGCGGAUCUACCUCCCGAACGAGUCACUCCCUGCCUCCCGUUCCAACGGGUCGGAGUAGAUUACUGCGGACCGUUCAUGAUCAGAUACCCACAACGUCGUGCGCAACCAAUCAAAUGCUUCGUCGCAAUCUACAUCUGCCUGGUGACGAAAGCAGUCCACCUGGAGCUAGCUGCGGAUUUGUCAACGCAAGGGUUCCUGACAACGUUCAAGCGCUUCGUGGCACGUCGGGGAAAGCCGCAAAUUGUCAUGUGCGACAACGCGAAGAAUUUCGUUGGUGCCAGAAGGGAAAUUGCGGAGUUGCACAAUCUGGUGAGAUCCAAGGACUUCCAAACUUCUGUUGUUCGGAGCUCAGCUGAGGAAAGGAUCGAGUUCAAAUUCAUCCCAGCACGAUCGCCGAAUUUCGGAGGACUGUGGGAGUCAGCGGUCAAAUCCUUCAAGACCCUACUGAAGCGGAGCGUUGGUGUUCGGAUUCUCUUGUACGACGAGAUGCAGACGAUGAUCAUUCAAAUCGAAGCCGUUUUGAAUUCGAGACCGUUGACGCCUCUUAGCAACGAUCCAGACGAUUUCGAGGCGCUGACACCCGGACACUUCCUGAUUCAGCGGCCUCUGACUGCGUUGCCGGAACCUGAUCUAGAUGGCGUUCCAGAGAAUCGACUCUCGACUUGGCAGCGGAUAGAACAGCUUAUGCAGCGUAUUUGGCAGAAAUGGUCGACCCAGUAUCUGUCCGACCUGCAUAAUCGAACGAAGUGGACAAAGCGGAAGGACAACAUUGCGGUCGGAACAAUGGUGGUCCUAAAGGAGGAUAACUUGCCUCCACUCAAGUGGCCCUUGGCACGCGUAACAGAAAUUCAUCCAGGCGCAGACGGGAACAUUCGUGUCGUGACAGUGCGAACAAAAGACGGUAGCUAUCGGAGAGCAAUUUCCAAAAUUUGUAUCUUGCCGAUCCGAGAAAAUCUUUCACCGGCAACACCGGCACCGGCUGAGGAGGACUAAGUCUCCUGCAGCGGCGGAGGCCAACCGACCUCCGCAUACCAGUUAAGUUAUGUGUUGUUUUAAAUUGCAAAAAGUUAAUCCGUCAUCUUUUUCGCAGUCACGUUCCUCCCCCUGCCCAUCGUCUUGACGAUUCAUGCUGAAUCUCGAGUUGUCUCAGAUCAAUUGAGGUAAUCUGUUUUGUCCGGUGGUGGUUUCAUGUCGCAUGAAAAUGCAUAUGUGUGUGUCAGAAUCCGUCCGGCUAACCUGGAAGCCACAGCGGCGCAUAGCGCCUGCACUGCUCGGCAGUGCAUUAUCAGAAGCGUAGCUAAAUCCGAUUCUGUUUUCAAUGUCCGAGGUACUAUCUGCCAAAACUGCAUCCUGGGGUAGAAGGUGUACAAUUCAACCCCUGGCACUACGUAGCUUCCGUCAACGAACUUGGCCAGUUCGUCCCAUCGGUCGCAAUAUCGUGAAGCCAAUUGUAUCUACGCAGUCGAGCAAAGAGAGAAUACCGUCGGAGUGUCGAAGCAAGAAGAUCAACGACGCCGGAGGGCGUCCACGGAGGCCACGAGGGCCUCCGUUCCAGGGAAGUCGUUUGUUAGUACAUAAAUUCAAUUUAAUUAGCACCCGCUCAUCUGAUUACAGAGAAACCACCACCAAUCGAACAUCGGUUCGAUUUUCCGUCAGUCGUGCCGCGGAGGCCACUGAAUCGCCCGUUCAAGUCCGUUCCGUUCGUUCAGCCAGUCUCGCCACGGAGACUAGAGAAAGUGUAUCAGUUCAGUUCCAGAAACAGCGUCAAAUCCGUAACAGCCAGCUCCGCGAGUCUAGCAUCGUCCCGUCACAGAAGGCAACCGCAUUCAGCACCGCAAUCGUCCACCAGCAACUAGUCCCACCAGCCAAGAACAGUACAGUCUGUCCCAGCCACGAGAAGCAAACCAUGUGAACACUCUGGCAGACUACUCAGGAAUCCUCUUCUAGCAGCCAAAAAGGGUCUGCCAGGUGAUCGUCAACGUCAUCACGAUAGCGGAUAUACAUGGUGUGAACAAUCCUGGCAGACUAUAUUCCACGGAAACAUUCUUCAGGCAGCCGUAAAGGUCUGCCAGGUAAGUUGUUCCAGUUUUAUACUGCACUAUAUCGAGACACUACAUAGUCAAUUCCACCUAUUCCGAGGAAAAUACCAUCCCUGACGAUGCACACAACAACGAACCAUCCAGCGAAAAUCAGCUUCUACCAACUGCAGCGACCGCAAUCGAAUGUGCACCAACCACCAGCCGUCCCAACUGAUCAGCUGUUCCUAUGUGGGUCAAGGUCGUCUCAGCGUCAACAGCAGCAAACCUCGAUCGGCCACAACGUCGGUGGCAGUACAAUUGCUUUAUGUUCUAAAUGUUGUAUGUAUCUUUGUGUCUAGUAUAUAAGCAAGAAGUAGCGUAGCAAAACAAAUAAGUCGAUAAAUGGAUAGAGUAGGCUUUAGUUGAAAUUAGAGUAUUUCAAGGCGGCCGGCAAAUGUUGUAGCAACAGUGUAGGUCCGUAGGUACCGACGACGAGCAAGCGAACCGUGAGUGACCAGAUGUGAUCCACAGUCACAGCAGUGAGAGCUGUCCUCUUUCUACCUGUGCAUCUGGUCAGUCCAUCUCAUCUCGUCGCGUUCGGUUUACUGUGUUCGUCGAAGUUCCCUUUUUUAUAUACUUCGAUCGAUCAGCCGGCCGUCCAAGCAAUAAUUUAUUAGCCAGACAGCAGAAGCAUAUAGACCGUCGCGAAAUAUACGUCGUCCGUACCGUUUUUAAUAAAUGUAUUUUGUGUUCGCGUUAAUAAAGUUAAGUGUUUUCGUUUCCAAUAAAU